CACUGACAGGGCAGCCAUGCUAUGACAGGUCUCGAUUUGGCCUGAUUCAAUUUCAAAAUUAAAAUUAAAAUGAAGCCCUCGAGAAGUGAAGCCCUGUAGAAUGCUCCAUUCCGUUACGGAACUACAAGUAAAUUUAUCAUUCGACAUUUACAUAGCACCUCAUCUGAGGUUCAUAACAAAUUACCUGACAUAAUAGGAGAAAAUAGCAAUAAAUAAAAACUUACAACUUCAAAUUUUGAGGGGUUUUCCAAGGGAAUUCCCCAACCUCGGUUUCAGAGAGCCUCGAUGUGAUUUCAAGAAGACAACAUGGAUGCUCCCAUACGAUUGUGAAAGCAUUUGGAAAUACCAAAUUGCAAACUAUUGCAACACAUUUUGACAGGUAUUAAUUCAGCACCCAGUUGAUCUAAUCAAGGGAUCUAAGUUAAUUAUGAGUGAAGAUGCAGCUCCAGAAUAUGACCAAUACCAAGAUGGUUACUAUGGCAACCAACAAUAUAACCAGAAUAUGUACCAAUCCUACCCAGAGUACCAUCCAGAAUAUCACUUCCAAGGGACAACAUACUAUAAUCCCGGCUCUAACGGGGCUAAUCCUAACCCAUAUAACCCACAAAUGGAAUACUAUCCUAACCAAGGCCCUAUGUAUUACCCACCCCCAGGUCAAGGAAGAGGAAUGAGGUAUGAAAAUUACUACCCUCAAAACCACCAGUUAAAGCAAAACUAUUAUAGAGGGCGUGGUCGUUACAGGGGUCAAAGGUCAGUGCCUCGGGACCAGGAAGUGCCUAGUAAUGAAGGUUACGAGCCUUAUGCGUCUGCAUCAGAUGAAUACCUCUAUGCACAAAGUUCUGCCUCAAAUGAAAGUGUAAAUGAUUGGAAAAAUGAUAAAAUUCACAAAAAGGAUAAAUCACCCAAUAAAAGUUAUUUCCGUGAUCAACAUAACCGACGCGUUGAAAGAAAUAAUCGUGCUCAAAGAGAACCUCAAUCUGCACGGAACAAUUCCGACAAAACCACUAAAGAUCCAAAGGAUGGAUCAGCAAAGUCUUCCAGUGAAAACUCAGGUUCAAAUAAACCAUUACCUAAUGUUAAGGAUACCCACCGAAGACAGAAACCAUCCAAGGAGAGAACAGAUGAAUCUAAUAGUCAUACCAGCAGCAAUAAACAAGGCCUGCUUAAAUUACCCAAAGACAGUAAAGCAUUUUCAAAGUCAGAUGCUGAAUCAGGGUUUUCGUCCAGUCAUGGUAAAAGUUCAAGUAAAAGCCACCCAGGGUCUAGCAAAGCAAAGUCCCAUGAGACAUCACGCCUCAGGGAUGGUAGCAAAAAACACGAAAGUGAAGAAUCAAAGAAGCGUGAGAAAAAAACUGCGGAAAAAGAUAGACUGAAGGGAAUUCGUAAAGGGCGCCACCUGUUCAGGGGGCUAGGACCAGAAGAUGAAGAAACUCAGAGAGGCACCCUGAUAGAACAGCUCAGUAGUAAUGGCUAUGAGUGCAUGGUGUGCUGUGACAUAGUCAGGCGUGAGGUGGCAAUCUGGAGCUGUACUAGCUGCUACCAUGUCUUUCACCUUAGGUGCAUCAAGAAGUGGGCCAGGACUCUCAAUUCUUCUGCAGAAGAUGGCAGUGGUUGGCGAUGUCCUGCAUGCCAAAAUCUCACAGCUAAAGUACCGAAUCAGUACCGCUGUUUCUGCGCCAAAGUUCGUGACCCCGAAUGGAGUAGGUUUGAGACUCCGCACAGUUGUGGAGAAGUUUGCAGUAAAGAUAGAGGGAAUGGGUGCCCUCAUCCAUGUAACAUAUUGUGUCAUCCAGGACCAUGUCCACCAUGCCAGGCUAUGGUAACCAAAAAAUGUGACUGUGGAAAGACAAAGCACUCUGUGCGAUGUGGUCAGUCGAAGGUACUCAAGUGUGACAAGACAUGCGGCAAGUUGCUCAAUUGUGGACAACAUAAUUGUUCCCAAGUCUGCCACCAGGGGAGCUGCCAACCCUGUGAUGUCACACUCAUACAACCAUGUUAUUGCAGUAAGACAGAAAGAGAGGUUCUUUGUGGCAGCAAGGAAUCAUUUGCCAAGUCAUUCACUUGCAAAUCUACAUGUGCAAGAUCCCUUGAUUGCGGGAACCACAGCUGUGAGGAAAUCUGCCAUAGUGGCGAUUGCCCAUCCUGCCCCCUGUUGCCCACCUCUGUCACCCAUUGUCCAUGCGGCAAGACCCCCUUAGAUGAGUUGACUGGGGGACAGAAGAGGACCCAGUGUACAGAUCCCAUAACCCCCUGCCAACAGUUAUGUGAGAAACAACUGAAAUGUGGCCCGGAAGCAAAACCUCAUAAAUGCAAGUUGAGGUGCCACGUGGGACCCUGUGGAGUAUGUGAAGGGGAGUCACCAGUCAUGUGUAGGUGUGAGGCUGUCAUUAAGGAGUUUGACUGUGUCGAUUUGGUGCAGUUCACUGAAGCUGAGCCCUUCACAUGUGAUAGACGUUGCAAUAAAAAGAAACCCUGUGGCAGACACAAAUGCAGUAACCUUUGCUGUGUGGAUACUGAGCAUAAAUGUGAGUUAAUCUGUGGUAGAAAGCUCAAUUGUGGUCUACAUAAGUGUGAGGAGACUUGUCAUAAAGGAAACUGUCCACCAUGUUGGCAAGCUAGCUUUGAUGAACUUACAUGUUACUGUGGCGUAGAAGUCCUAUAUCCACCAAUACCUUGUGGUACUGAGCCCCCAGAAUGCCAGCAGACCUGCACAAGGCUACAUGACUGUGAACACCCAGUACUCCAUAACUGUCACAGUGAUGAAAAGUGCCCACCCUGUACUUCACUUACUAAACGUAGAUGUAUGGGGGGACAUGAGGUGCGUAACAAUAUCCCUUGUCACUUAAAAGAUAUCUCAUGUGGCCUGCCCUGUAACAAGCCUUUGUCCUGUGGGCGACACAAGUGCAUUCAGACAUGUCAUAAGCCUCUGUCCUGUGGGAGACACAAGUGCAUUCAGACAUGUCAUAAGGGUUUUUGUGAAGAUGAAGAGUUUGAAUGCGCCCAAGCAUGCACGUUGAAGCGUAAAGAGUGUGGCCACCCUUGCAACCAGCGUUGUCAUGGAGAGGACACUUGUCCUCAGUCCAUAUGUAAAGCUCCGGUGACUCUGAUCUGUAGAUGUGGCCACAGGACAGAGAAAGCAAUAUGUGGAUUGGGUGCUUCGGAACUUGAUGAGACAAAUGACUUUCAAAGGAUUUCUACAUCUAACCUGGCAGACAAGCUACAAGAUUUACAGAGUGGCCAGUCAGUUGACAUAUCAAACUUGGUCACUAACAGUACGAGAGUUGGUCACAUCAAGAAGCCAAUGCAGCUGGAGUGUAAUGAGAAUUGUGCUAAGAUAGAGCGCAAUAAGAGGAUAGCUCUGGCAUUGGAGAUAAAGAACCCAGACCUCGAAGGCAAACUAGGAAACCCCUUGUACCCACAACCAUUGAAGGACUUUGUCAGGAAGAAUCCCGUGACAGCAGCAAAUGUUGAGAAGGCAUUGAGUGAACUAGUCAAAACUGCCAAACAGGCAAAACAACCAAGAAAGAGCCAUAUAUUCCCCAUAAUGAACUGGGAGUCUAGAAAGUUUAUACAUGAAUUGGCGGAAUGGUAUGGAUGUGAAACCCAGAGCUAUGACCAGGAACCAAAGAAAAAUGUCAUUGCUACAGCUCAUAGGGAUAGGUGUUUCUUACCCAAUAUAUCCCUCACCCAAAGUGUCCAGAGAGAUGUUAGUGGACCAAAGCCACCUGUUCCUAUUCCACACACAAGCAAGCCUGAGGUCUUAAGAACUCAAGUGAAACUCUCCAAGCAGACUCCAGAGGUUGUGAACCUUCCAAGACCUAAGACACCACCCUCCUGGACCAGCAGGAAUGCCUACGAGGAACUGGAGGAUGAGGAAACUCCCUCAAGUUGGAUGGAUCGCCUAGAUGAACCCAAACCAAGCUCAGACUCCAGGGCUGCCAAAUCAGCUAGUGGAAAUAGACCUAGCUGGGCUAAGAAUCGCUCAAGUCCAGAGCCAGUUAUUGAUUACUUUGAUAUGACAGAUUGAUGGAAUUAGGCCAAUGAGUUUGAAACGUACCUGUUCAUGAUUGCUCAAGUUUAGAGCCUGUCAUUGAAUAACUUGUUAAAACCAAAUGAAGGAAAUAUAC